UGUUGCGGCUGGCUGAUUGCCAUCUCGUUUCUACUUUGGUUCAUUGCUGUUGCGUUCUUAUUCGCUUCAUAUUUGUCGGGGGAGGGCUUUUUCAUCAUCCUCGGUUGCUGUUCUCUCUUUUUAGCCUGUCCCUGUCCAGUGUCUACCCAUAUCCCCACGUCAUACCAUAGAAGCCACUAAACACAAGCUCGCUCCUCUGAUCCGUGCAGAUUUCAGUCAUAUGAGAUACAUCGAAGCACGCUCCUUACUGUCGCUGCGGAGCUGUCUCUGAUGAAUAAUUCUUGGGAGGUGUUUCAUCCUUGAGUCUUGAGAUAUUGAUUGCUUACUGAUACGCUCUUUCGACUUUGUUUACCUAAUUCCAAUAUGGAUGCACCACAGCUCCCAGAAGCGGGAGCCCCAGACGCCGCAGAACCGCAGCCGCCGCAGGAGCUCUCGCAAGAACAGUCCCAACAUCAGAUUCCAUCCACGCCUCUUGAAAAUGCUAAUUCUCCGAACCUAGAGGUUGCGUCGGACUCGGCGGCCCGCUCUCCAAAUUACAAUAGUGGAUACAGCAGUGACCCGCGUGGAAACUAUUCCGCUGGAUUCAACUCCCCAAAUCGUGACUACGCGUCCCGUGAUGGCGAUCAGCUUUCUCGCGUUAACUCUUCUCCUUCCAUAAAUUACCAGCCGCAGCCUACGCAGCAGUCUAGGCCCCCGAGUUCUGGUGUGUCGAGCGGCCCCGAGCAGCGGCAGAGACAAUUGCCGCCGACAAAAAAUAGCGUCGUGAUCAAAGUUGGCAUGGUUGGAGAUGCCCAGAUUGGGAAAACCAGUCUGAUGGUGAAAUAUGUGGAAGGUAGCUGGGAUGAAGAUUACAUUCAAACGUUGGGUGUCAACUUCAUGGAGAAGACCAUCUCAAUUCGGAACACCGAAAUUACCUUCUCGAUCUGGGAUCUCGGUGGUCAACGCGAGUUUGUCAACAUGCUUCCUCUGGUGUGCAAUGAUGCUGUGGCCAUUCUGUUUAUGUUCGACCUCACGAGGAAGAGUACCCUGAACUCGAUCAAGGAAUGGUACCGGCAGGGUCGUGGGUUCAACAAGACCGCCAUUCCUUUCUUGAUUGGUACCAAGUACGAUCAGUUUGUCAACUUUCCACGCGAAGAUCAGGAAGAGAUUUCUAUCCAGGCCAAACGAUUUGCAAAGGCCAUGAAAGCAAGUCUGAUUUUCAGCAGUACCAGUCAUAGUAUAAAUGUUCAAAAGAUAUUCAAAAUCGUUCUGGCCAAGGCUUUUGAUCUGAAGUGCACUAUUCCGGAAAUUGAGAAUAUUGGAGAACCUCUGUUGCUCUACAAGAAUGUCUGAAAGCACUAAUGAUGACGCGGUGGGACGCUUGAUGAUUAUGUGCAUUUGGACGAAGCUAUGGUUGACGAUUGGCCUUUUUCUUUCUCACUGGAAUGGGCACUAUUAAUGGCAUAUAGCCACAGAGAAUCUUGCCUAGUAUCACAGCGUUGGUGAGCUUGGUAUUGUCAUAUUAUUGUCAGGAUUUUCGGUUUCCCUCUCUUUUCUAUUUCUUUCCUUCUCUUUGCCAUUCCUUCCUUUCCGUCAGCAUUGGGAUUGCAUUCGAAACUCAUUCUUGUUCUUCUUCCCCUUUUCUCUUGAUUGCCGAUUGCUAUCCUGCAGUGUUGAAUAUGGAUGGCUUUCGACAACCUGCGGGGCACUGAUUGCGAUUGGACCAGGCUGGGAAAUCAGAUAACCGGAUCUACCAUGAUUUGUCACUGUGCUUGUUCAGACUCCAAGUGUUUCCUUGGGGCGUUAGGAGUUGAUUCAGGCGGAGAAUUGAUACAGGACAAUCACCGCCAAGACCGAGAUUUUCAUUGUUCACUUAUCAUUUUUUUUCCAACGUCAAUAGUAGAGCAGUCUAGCAUUGGCUAUUGAGCAGAUAUGUACACAGUUGCCAUAUGGGUUACAGGAGGUCGAGUCAACCUCCAUCCCCAACAUCAGCUCUCCUUGUCUGGGUGAAACUUGCAUGCAAAAGCAGUGAAGUAAGGCGUUAGACCAGGCUAAAGACUCCUCGGGAGCUCACAAUUUAUUUCACCCAAACUCCCCGGUCAUAUUCAUCCAUCCACUCUGUGUAUUCGGGACCAGCCGCAACCCACUCUUUGAUCCCACCUUGGAGCGUCCAAUUCUGUAGUGCUGUAUCCCCCUUUUCCUGGAGAUAAUCCGCAAACCACCCAGCUGCACGCGUUCCACGACCUCCACAUGAAC